UCUCUCUCCAGCACUUCUCCAGGAGAAAAUCAGCUUCACUACAGCCCCUGUUAGACAGGGCCAUUUGUUUGUGUGUGUCCAUUCAUAGAGACGACCCACAUUCGUCAGUGUCCACUCCAGCUGUAGAGCCUGUCUGCACUGAAUGACAGAGAAGGAGACGGGAAGAAACAGGGGAAAUCUGUGGGGAGGCAGAUCUAGUUUACUCUGCUGCAAGCCUGAAGACAGGAUGGAUUUCUGCACUAAGUGAGCAAAGAGAAGAUAAACUGCACAUAUUAAGCCAGAAUGUCGGGAAUGGACGUCCUGCUGGUGGACAACAACAAGACCGGAGUCACCCCGAUAGACAAUGGGACUUUUCUCCGUUUCUCCCCGACGUCCGCCUCCACGUCGGCGGCUGCAUCGUCCCCAGGAGGUCGCCAGGGCAACGUCUAUGUCUACGUGUGGCUCUUCCUCGGGCUGCUGGUGUUCCUGCUGACGCUGCUCAUCAUCUCCCUCCACAGGCUGAAGAACAUCAUCUCAUCAUCUUCCUCGGUCCCCGACUGCAGCAGCGAGGGAGGGAGCUCCUUCACCAACAUGGAGAUCUGCAGCAUCUCCUCUCAGAGGUCCACCAUCUCUGUGCUCUCCACCUGAGCAAGCUUGCAGCGUGCAGACUCAUGUAUAAAUGCACCGUUUUCUCUUUACAGGCUGAGGAUGCAUGCAAACCAAACAAAUAAACCAACAAGAAAAACUCCACAAGACCAGCUGAUGGAAUAAGAAUAUCCUCCCAUGCAUGAAUAUUUUAAUCCUGGCGGUUCAGUGACACUGAUGUCUAUAUGCAAUCUGCAUAGCUACCACAGAGGUUACAAGGGUUAAAAGUCAACAUAUCCUGCUCAACCUGACUUGAACAACAAAAAAAUGAACCUGGUGAAUACUUUCCCAUUGCAGGGAAAACACAAAGUGAAAGACAAUUAUCCUUUUGUGUUGACUUUUUCUGUCUUUAGAAGCUUUGUAAAUCAUAUCCUGACAUCUGUAGAUUACGCUGCAAAACCCAGCAUCCUGGAAUAUUAAAUAUCUGAACUUUGUAAACAUGAGUAUGCAUCUGUGGCAAAUACUUUGAAUUCACACUAAGGCAACAUAUCACCCAGUAGCCAGUAGUGUGAAGACAGGAGGCUACACAGAGGAGAACAUUUACAGAACAGAACAAGUCAAAAGUAGCAAAAACUACAGGAUGAAUUUCUGGCCUUGAUAGGCAGAUCUGCCUGCGAUACCUCCUGCCUCCUGUCAGCUCCCGUAGAACCUGACGUCAGCCUGCAACGAACCUGAAGCACAAGGUUUCUCUCCAGCUGUCAACUCUUAUCCAUACUGCAGGAUGACAACCUGGCAAAGGUUGUUUCCCCUGUUCAGCAAGUCAAAGUACUGUUUGGCUAGUUUGGCACAGUUGAAAAGAAAAAGGAGAGACAUGGUGGAAAUAUAAAGCAUUUGAGAACUAGAGUUGAAGUGGAUAGGUGGGACCUGGAUAACCAGAUAAACAUGGCUUAUCUUAAGCCUGGUUUUGAAAGAAAAAAACAACAUGAAAAUCACAGCAGCACUCAGGUAAAUGUGUAGAAAUCUUUACAAGAUAUUUCAAACUUUUGAGCUAAAACACCACAGCUCUUCAACUGUACUUUACGCUGCGCAUGAAGUAGGCACAUAUUUAAUCUUUUUGCCAAUCCCACCUGUAAUGUUUGUUUAAAAGAAUCUUUUGUCGUGCAAUUUUCCCACCAAUUUGUUUUUCUGUUUUUAUUUUAGGUUGUAACUGAAUUUAUAUAGGAAAAAAACAGACUAAAAUAAGAAAUAGUGAUAGAAACACAAGAUAAACUUUUCGUUUUUCACUGUUCUAGUUGUUUUAAGUUUAUCAAUUAAUGCUUGAAAUGUCAUCAUGAACAAGUGAGUAGUUGUUUUUCAGUACCCAUUGCUUGAAUAGUAAAUAUCAACCCAGAU